AAAUAGCGCCCCAGUGCAGCCACGUAGACAGGAGGGCAUUCGCUGCGGGCGGGCUCUUGGAAGCCUGAAAGAAGUGGGAAGCAGCGAACAAAAUGAAAGUUGGGCGGGGAUUGGAUCCAGAAAGCAGGGAUCUGCUGCGCCUUUAGGUGGCUGCUGUUAGAAGGAGAAGGUCCGAAACAGAAGAAGACAUGUCCUCUCCUCCUAAAGAGAAAUCGGACACCAAAGCUGGUCACCUGCCUGCCGGACCGUAUACGGAACAAUUCAUUUCAAUGGGUCAGCGAAAAAAAUUAAAGGCUGGAGGUAUGAGAAUUGUACAAAAGCAUCCACAUACUCCUCAUGGAGAUAGUAAGGAGGAUAAAAAGCAAGAGGAGGAGAACUGGGAAACCGGUACUGUACAACCUAAACCACCUCUGGUGAUAUCUGGUGCCAUUACACGGGGUGACAAGGAUUUUCCCCCAGCAGCAGCCCAAGUCGCUCAUCAGAAACCACAUCCAUCUGUUGAGAAACUGCCUCCUGCACAACAAGUAAACCAGCAUAUUCAUCAGCCCCGCAAGUUUUAAGCCAGUUUGAUGAGGGAGGGGUGACAUCCUGAAAAUAUAUUUGAUUUCCAUAUAGUCUUUAUAAAGAUCCACCAAGAUCCAAAUUUGUGACAUGGAUUUAAAAAUACAGUUGAAUACUCCCUCCACAAUAUGAACCAAAUACGAUAGAAUAAUGCCUGAUUUAACCUUUGAGGUACACUCUGUCAGAUGAAGCUUUUAUGUGAGAACUUGUUUUAUGCAAAUAUAAGGUUGUUGAAUAACAAUAAAUGUUUGGGAACAAUUUAAAUAGAAUCUAUAAUUAUAAUUUGGUUUUCAUUUUUAUAUUGGGGUAAGGCUCUGCAUGGAACCCGAGGAAAAGCAAAAUCGCGUUGCGAUAUAGCAUAACAUUGAUCUUAAUAUAACCCUAAUUGGGCAAACUGUGUGAUUACUGAUUAAAUUUAAACCCUAUAAGAAUUCAUUACAUGUGUUCUCUGGAGAUUUUUCACCAUGGACAAAUGUUUGCUUUGCAUUAAAUUUGACAAUUGUUAUAAA